CCAGUUUCUUUGCUUGGAGGCAUGGAUCUGCGUCAGCUCUCUAUCAAUCAAGCUCACUCUUCUUGUUUCUCUUUCUCUGAACAUGGAUGACUACUCGUCUGUCGUGAUCUUCAGCCGUUUUUCGCGAUAGCGUUUUAGGAUUCCGCGUUGUGCCCGUUUAUCUGGCCGCAGGCAACGUCUCCGCCUCGUCGUCAUGGACGAAACUCUAGAGCUCCGCUGGUCGAGCACGUACUCCGUCGUGUCUCCAGACUCAAUCGGCAUCAAGAACCUUUCUGGCGACAAGAUCAUACUUCCUCAAUCCGCCCUCGAGCAGCUUCUUGCAGCUGCAUCGCCGCGACGGUCAGCCGGAGCGACCUUUACCUCGAACGAUCCCUUCAAUCCAUAUAGCGUCGGCUUUGUGGCCGGCCGAAGCCAAGAUGAAAGCAGCCAACAGCUUCCGCACCCGCUCACGUUUCGACUGGUCAACCCGAAAAAUAACAACACUGUCUUUGCGGGCAUUCGCGAAUUUUCUGCUCCCGAGGGGACGUUAUGCCUAAGUCCAUUCCUGGUCGAAAUGCUGGGGAUCGAAGAGACACAGCUAGCAUCUGCGAAGGAUGCGGAUGCUCAACACGCUGUGGAUCCAAUAGCUGAAGACAUAGCUUCUGAAUCUCCUCGCAUCGAAGUCCGCGCCAAGCAGCUACCGAAAGGCACGUACGUGCGAUUACGACCCCUCGAAGCGGGCUACAAUCCAGAUGACUGGAAGUCUCUCCUCGAACGACAUCUCCGAGAGAAUUUUACGUGUCUGACCAAGAAUACCGUGCUAUCGGUUCAUGGUGUUCGAGGCGAGACGUUCAAUUUUUUGGUAGAUAAAUUUGCGCCAGAGGGUGACGCAGUCUGCGUCGUGGACACAGACCUGGAAGUUGAUAUUGAAGCACUCAAUGAGGAACAGGCACGGGAGACUAUGCGCCAGAUUAUGACGAAGAAUCAAUCCGCGACCACGAGCGGUAGCUCCCCUGGCGGCGAGCUUAACAUCUGGAAAGACAUGCAGGGUCAGGUUUCGCCCGGGGAUUACGUUGAUUACGUCUUGCCGUCCUGGGAUCGCGCACAACCAUUGACCAUCGUACUUGGCGACGUUGGAAGCGAGGACAUGCUCGAUCUGUUCGUCACGCCAAAGUCGUCUCAGCAACGGGCGUUGCCACGGGCCUCAACUCAUGUCUUCGGGAACUUCGACCCCCCUGAACAAGGACGCAAAACUAUCUCAAUCUCACCAUCUAAUGUGGAAAUGCAAGGAGCCGAGUCGAUCCUUGUGUCGGUACACGCGUAUCAUGCGCCGAGCGAGACGCACGAACCAUCGUCCUAUACAAUCCGAGCUAUGGUCGGCGAUGCUGACAACGACGACACUACCGACGCCAUGGAUGGCAUACAGGAGCACAAUAAGGAUGAGGAACAGUGCAAGAACUGCUUGCAAUGGGUACCAAAGCGGACCAUGAUGCUCCACGAGAGCUUCUGCAGGAGGAAUAACAUACUCUGCCCGAACUGCAAGUCUGUCUUCAAGAAAGAUUCGACCGAAUGGGAAGCACACUGGCACUGCCCGCACGACAGGGCUUACGGAAAUUCGGCAGCGAGCAAGGCGAAGCAUGACGAAGACUACCACGCGGAUCGGCAAUGCCCUUCGUGCGCCUUCUCGACAAACUCUCUUGCAGACCUUGCUCGGCAUCGGACAUCAGUCUGUCCAGGCAAGCUGAUUCUGUGUCGCUUUUGCCACCUCGAAGUGCCACAGGAAGGUGAUCCUUUCAAUCCAUCUCCAGAAGUUGCCUUGUCCGGCAUGACGGCGCAUGAAUUAGCAGACGGGGCCCGAACGACAGAAUGCCACCUCUGCGAUAAAAUCGUUCGAUUGCGAGACAUGGAGACUCAUCUCAAACACCAUGAAUUGGAUAAGGUCAGCCGUUCAAAGCCACAGAUCUGUCGUAACGUCAAUUGCGGCAGAACAUUGCAUGGCGUUGGACCGAAAGGACAAGUCGGGGCCAACACGGCCCAAGGACAAGGGCCCGGGAACGAUAUGGGCCUUUGCUCGCUCUGCUUCGGCCCGCUAUAUGUGAGCAUGCAUGAUCCUGAAGGAAAGGCGCUGCGUCGGCGGAUAGAAAGGCGGUAUCUUCAACAGAUGAUGAGCGGUUGCGGGAAGUCGCAUUGUGCCAAUGAAUGGUGCAAGACGGGCCGCGCCAACAUGGGCCUGGACCCCAAAGGGUCCUCUGCCCAAGCCGCCCUGCCACUUGUCAAACCACUGCUUGAGAAGAUUCCGAACCCCGCAGAGCCGGCGUACUUCUGCGUCGAUGAUGCGAACCAGAGGCGGAGGAAGCUGGCAGAGAUGGUUGCUGCAGAGAACGUGUGGGAACUCGAGUGGUGCGUGGCGGCGGCCGAGGCAGAAAGGGGUAAUCUGGACAAGGUGAGGGAAUGGCUGCAGGCGUGGGCACCAAAGCGCUAGAUCUUUCAAGAAGCAUACAAUGGGCGGAGUUGGCAUUGAACAGCAUAUACUAAAGAUACCCAGGAAAGGCAUAGG